UAAAUUAAUCCCUGAAUUUCCAGUUGCGUCUGCAAAAUGUCGCGACAUUUUUGACCGAUGUUGCAUGCGAAAGGUCAUGUUCUUUGCGCGUUUGUAGACAACAAAAGAUUGCGGAUUUGUAUCGAACUAAAAUGAUUGUUUUUCAUUAAUUGCUCAACCGAUCCAUGUUAUAUCAUCCCUGAGAGGAAGCGAUUUUAACAGAUUCUGUUGUGAGGAAGCAGAAAUGGGUGCAACAGCAAGUAUUAACUAUGCAGCUGCCAAGAAAUACAAACCUUCUGAACCAAUUGAGGUGAAGUUUGACAAAGUAGUGAAAUAUGAUGAUGGUGAUGAAAAACCCUUUCCAGAUGACUUGCAACUGGUCCCAAAGAAACAACCACUUUCACUGCUUGCAACUGCAAUUCGAAUAUUGGAAAAGAAACCUAAAGAACAGACCAUAGCACAUAAUGAUUACCUCCAUAGCAACUAUGCCAGACAAGCACGACCAAGAAGUGCCUAUGUUGUGCUUAAAAAACCUACACAAUCUUCAUCAACUCUUAACUCAUCGCAUCAGAGGAGUACCCUAUCGAAUGGUAUCAUCCCUAAACAACAGAAAACAAAACAAAACUUAUACAUGAGUUUACUUCACCAAACUCCUGCUCGUGAUCCAAAGUAUGGAAUGACGGUUCCAUCGCGUCUCAGAACUCCCAUGGACUAUCAUCUCCCUGCAAGACAAACAAAGGCUAACACUCUACCAAGAUCCUCGGCAGGUGAUGCCAAGAAUGAUAAAAGAAGGAGAGUGAAUCACAAGCUAUAUUUAGACAUGAUUCGUCCUGCUAUGAUGUCGCCACAGUAUCAGAAACUCAGUGCAACUAGAGGCCCACCAAUGCAAAGAACCACUAGUAGACAAUCGCAACUGCAACAUACUCAGUUAACACCAAGACCUCCAAGUGGUGCGCAGGUGUUGAGGAGAAUUGAUCCAAAUUCACGGGCUCAUCAGCAGAGAGGUGCUCCAGUGUUCAGAGAACAAUAUAGACCACACAGAGAGGACUAUACCACCCCUGUUAGUAGACCACCAACUGCUCAGAGACAUUUGAGAGAUGGUCACGGCAGCAGUUCAAUGAACAGCAGUGUUCGUUCAUUGCCACAGAAAGAACUACAUUUUCCUCACCUUACAAGGAAAACAAAAGACGAUGUUUCACUCAAUUCAUCACUGAAUUCUAGAAGUCAAAUUCCUAGAACACAUCCAGACAAUAUUACUCCACUGUAUUUUCGUAAAUCUUUAGCCUUUAGUCCAAAUUAUGGACGCAGAGAAUUACUGUCAAGCCCUUUGUCAAGUAGACGAACGUAAUGUUAUUUAAAUAUUUACUGUAACAUAACUUAUGUGCGUAACUUAAAGAUAUAAUACUGACAAUAGUCCUGGCAAUUUCUUGCUAAUUUAAAACGCAGCAUUUUGAAGGCUAAGUAA